AUGGACAACUCUAUGGCUCGUCUCAGAGCAUACCAGAUAUCCCAAUUCUUCUCUCCCGACGACCGUCCGACACAGCAAGAAUGCGACGAAUUUGCGGAACAUGCCACGGGACAAAAGAGUACACCGACGCUGGUCCAAGGAGGAAGCAGCUACACGGUUGUUACUGGGAACUUUGUUAUUCAAUUUCGAGCACCCAAUGCCGGUUUAGACCUAGAGUUUCUGAGACACGUCGAACAGGCUUAUCAAGGCUUUAUGCCGAGUCACAGUGACUUGGGGAGGUUCAAGGGGUUGUGGGUGUACAAGAUGCGAAAUGUGGGCGGAGUUUCGUUUUAUCUUGCCCGGGACAGUUUAUACGCGAAUGGCUGUUUACUCCUACUACAGACAAUCUCGGAUUUCGCUCGCUUCUUCGCCUCACCAUGGCACAACACCCCAAAAACAACCCCCCUCCCAGACCGCCAUCUCCUCCUCACCAAAUACACCACCCAACUCUCCCACCUCUCCUCAGGCUUCCCGGCACGCUUCCACCCCAUCCUAAACCGCCUCAUCCCCCGUCUCCCAGACAUCCUGUCCGAAGACUGGCCCCUAGUCUCCAACCACAUCGACCUUCUCGAGAACAACAUCCACGCCGACCCAGCCACAGGAAAAUUAACUGGUAUCUGCGACUGGGCCGACGCGGAAAUCAGACCCUUUGGGAUGUCCCUCGGCGGGGUGGAGAAUAUACUCGGGAUUCCGAAAUGGGUUAAAGAAACCGGACGGACGGAUCAUGUGUAUCAUGCUAAUCAUCGGGAGCUGAGGGGGUUGUUUUAUCAGGAGUUGUAUGAGGCGAUGGGGGAUGUGUUGGAUAGGGAUAGGGAGAGGGUUGAGACGGCGAGGUUGGUUGGGCUUUUUCUUGGGAAUGCAUGGCGGUAUGAUGGGGAUGGGAAGCAGUUGCCAGCGGGAGAGGAGGAGCAUGGGUUGCAGUAUGUUGAUGCUGUUUUGAGGGGGACUUGUGAUGGGUACUGUAUGUGA